AUGUCGUAUCUUUCAACAGGCCUCAAGGGCCUCAUAGCAGGAGCACUCGUGACGCCCGUCGUGACGAAAUGCGUAAUUGUGCCCAUCUAUUAUAACCCCGCCAAGGACGCCAUGAAGGAGAUACACUAUAUCCAGCAGGAGAUGGAGUACGUCGGCUGGAACGUGAGGCAUAUCCAGGAGGAUCGCGGGUAUGCCGAGGAGGAUAUGUAUACACCUGGCACUUAUUAUAAGCAGGGCCAAUCUUAA